CGGGCGGCGGCGGGACCGGGCACAGCGCGGCAGCGCCGGCGGAGCCGAUGUCCAUGAGGAGCCCUGUUUCCCCCCACCUGGAGCUGGAUGGAGCGGGCAGCAUGGUGAACUGCACCAUCAAGACGGAGGAGAAGAAGGAGGGUGGUUACGAGUCCCCUCCAGGGGCUGCCCCCAGUGCUGAGCCCUGUCCCAACGACCCCCCAGGGCCACCACCGAGGGACAGCACUGACACCCAGGCCCUGCCACAGGAGUCCCGCUCUCCCGCCGGGGAUGUGCCCGAGCCCCGGCGCUCCGCCUUCGAGCCCGCCGGCAGCGGCCAGGACAAGCUGGACUUCAACAGGAACCUGAAGGAGGUGAUGCCAACCAUCGAGAAGUUGCUGUCCAGUGACUGGAAGGAGCGGCUGCUGGGCCGAAACUCCGCCGAGUCCAAGGAAGUGAAAGGAACCCAGGAGAGCCUGGCAGAGAAGGAGCUCCAGCUCCUUGUCAUGAUCAACCAGCUGUCCACGCUGCGGGACCAGCUGCUGACGGCCCACUCGGAGCAGAAGAACAUGGCCACGAUGCUCUUCGAGAAGCAGCAGCAGCAGAUGGAGCUGGCGCGGCAGCAGCAAGAGCAGAUCGCCAAGCAGCAGCAGCAGCUCAUCCAGCAGCAGCACAAAAUCAACCUGUUACAGCAGCAGAUCCAGCAGGUCAACAUGCCCUACGUGAUGAUUCCUGCCUUCACCCCCAGCCACCAGCCCCUCCCCGUCACCCCCGACUCCCAGCUGGCACUGCCCAUCCAGCCCAUCCCCUGCAAACCAGUGGAUUACCCGGUGCAGCUGCUGCACAGCCCCCCUCCUCCCACGCUGAAGAGACCCGCCGGCCCGGGCCACCUCCAGAUGCAGGAGACCUCGCAGCCGCUGAACCUGACGGCCAAACCCAAAGGUUCCGACCUCCCCAGUGCCUCCAGUUCGCCCAGUUUGAAGAUGGGCGGCUGCCAGUCCCUCACGCCGAGCCACGGGGCCACCAGGGACCUGCAGACCAGCCCGUCCAACCUGCCUCUGGGGUUCCUGGGCGAAGGCGAUGCCAUCACCAAAGCCAUCCACGACGCGCGGCAGCUGCUGCACGGCCACGGCGCAGCCAUGGAGGGGUCGCUGGGCAACCCCUACCGCAAGGAGCACGUCGGGAUCGAUUCCUCCCCGGUGAAGGAGCGGAUGGAGGAGCCCCCUGCCCACCGGCUGGACGAGGCGCUGCUGACCUGUGAGAUGGACGGCUCCCGGCACUUCCCCGAGUCCAGGAACAACAACCACAUCAAGCGGCCCAUGAACGCCUUCAUGGUGUGGGCCAAGGACGAGAGGAGGAAGAUCCUGCAGGCCUUCCCGGACAUGCACAACUCCAGCAUCAGCAAGAUCCUGGGUUCCCGCUGGAAAUCCAUGUCCAACCAGGAGAAGCAGCCGUACUACGAGGAGCAGGCGCGGCUGAGCCGGCAGCACCUGGAGAAAUACCCCGACUACAAGUACAAGCCCCGGCCCAAACGGACCUGCAUCGUGGAGGGGAAGCGGCUGCGCGUGGGCGAGUACAAGGCGCUGAUGAGGAACCGGCGGCAGGACGCCAGGCAGGGCUACGUGAUGGGGCCCCAGGGCAGCCAGGUGCCCCCCGGCUCCUCGGACGUGCUGUACCCGCGGCCCGUGGGGGUCCAGCUGCCGCCCCCCCUGAUGGAGCACUACCUGCCCCGCAGCGUGGACCCCAACAUGCCCGUCAUCGUCAACACCCGCAGCCUCAAGGACGAGGACGGUGGGGACGACGGGCACUCGGUGGCCGACGGGGACAUGUACCGCUACAGCGAGGAGGAGGACUCGGAGGGCGACGACAAGAGCGACGGGGAGCUGGUGGUGCUGACGGACUGAGGGGGGCACGGGGGGCGCUCGGGGGGGGUGGCAGGGCUGGCUGGCACCACCGAGGAGGUCCCAGCGUCUCCUGCUGGGAUGGGGCUCGGCCGAAGGGAGCGUCGCUGCCCGCCCGCAAGCGGGUGCCGUGAAGGCGGGCACUCAAAUUUGGGUGGUGGUGAGCGGUGGGGCUGUGGUUGGGAUGUGCUGGUGGCACUGGCAAGGUGGUGAGGGCUGGCUAGGCCUUGCCCCAGCGGCAUGGGGAGCUGAGGCCACCCCGCUUGCCGAUGUGGGUGCCACGGCUGCUGCGUUGUCACCCCCGGAGGGGACCUGAGGGUGUCAGGCUGCAGGAGACACUCCAGAGCAUCUCCCAGCCCUCCAGAGCCUGUGGUCUCACAGGGAGCCUCACCUGCAGCAGGUGCCAGCCCACUGCUGGGACAGGGGAUGUGGACACGGGAUGGGGACACGCUUGUCCCUCGCUCAGCCCGGCCUGACCUCCCCGCCGCGGUUCCCGCUUGGUCUUUUGAGCCUGCCAGCAAAUUCCCACAGAGCCAUUUUUAGCCCUCGCCUGGCCGGAGCUCCAGCCAGGGCUCCUGGGAGCCCUUUGUGCUCCUGACAACUCUGGCCCACUUUGUAAAUAAAGCAGGGGCUGUUCCUGCUGUGCCAGCCCCCGGCCCCUGCCCUGGCUGUGGGGGGGCCCUGCCCGUCCAUCCCUGGGCACCUCCCAGAGGCUGCACCUGAGACCUGCACGGUGAGACCACAGAGGGAGGGGAAACAACGGCCAAGAGAAAAAAAGAAAAAGUAAUAAUCAUAAAAAAUUACCUUGUCCCAGUCAGAGCCCGUUCCGGGGGUGUUUGGGGUGAGGGGUCGCUGUGCAGGGGAGGGGCCCAGGGGUGAGUUCAAGGGGUCCAGGUGUGUGUGCAGUGUCUGGGUGUGCAUGAACAGUGUCCAGAUGUGCAUGUGCAGUGCCUGGGUGUGCAUGAACAGUGUCCAGAUGUGCAUGUGCAGUGCCUGGGUGUGCACACGUGGUGUUUGGGCGUGUGUCCAGGCGUGCACACACAGCAUCUGUGUGUGUGUGUGUGUGUGUGUGUGUGUGCACAGUCUGUG